CGGUUAAGUCAAUACGUUUUGUUGUCAUCAGCCACAUUUACAAUAAGUUGUUUUUACCAAAUUUUUAUUACAAAUGUUAUUUUAUUCUAUAUAUAAGGUGACGAAUAAUACCAUGAAAAUAUAUCAAUCGUAAUAAAAAAUGUUUCCGCGUUGUUUGUUGGUGAUGCAUACUAGUGAGAGCCGUGAAAGUUUAUAGGCCAAAAGUAAGGUUAGAAAUAUGGUGAUAACGUGAAUUCCGAAUAAAUGGUGCUCACCGGUGCCAUGGAGAGGCGAAUAAAGCUGAAAACAUUAAACAGUCACAUAACGUGCAAGAUAUGCCGCGGCUACCUUAUAGAUGCUACAACAGUGACGGAGUGCCUCCACACAUUUUGUAAAAGCUGCCUAGUCAAACACCUCGAGGAGAAACACACCUGCCCGACAUGCCAAAUAGUUAUACAUCAGUCACAUCCCCUUCAGUAUAUUAGCUUUGACAGAACCAUGCAGGAUAUCGUCUAUAAACUUGUCCCCGAUCUCCAGGAGAACGAAAUCAAGAGAGAGAGAGAAUUCUAUAGAGCCCGAGGAUUGCCUUGUCCUAAGGAUGUUUUACCAAACGCCGCCGAAAUGGAAGAGGAAAAACAAUCUGGCGACACUCAUGCCGAGUCUGAUUAUCACCGAGCCGACGAACAGGUUAACGUGUGCUUGGAGUGCAUGAACACAAGUUUAAAAACGUUGAAACGAAGAUUUAUAAGGUGUUCUGCACAGGCGACUAUUACACACUUGAAAAAAUUUAUUGCCAAAAAAGUCCUCAACGGUAUGGAGAAAUAUCGCGAUAUCGAUAUUCUAUGCAACAAUGAGCUCCUGGGAAAGGAUCAUACGUUAAAAUUUGUCUACGUAACAAGAUGGAGGUUUCGAGACCCACCUCUAAGGCUCCAAUACAGGCCUCGUAUAGACAUAUAAUCUAAGCUCUUUCUCUCGGUGUAUAGAAACAAGCUGUAACGUUAACCAGCUUCAAAUGGAACUCUAACAUAUUUUCAUCCAAUCUAUCAAUCUACCGCCUUGCUAUACAAGCCUAUAUAUUCGAGAUAUGCAGCUUUUAUUUAUCAAAUAUCACGUUAGAUUUCAGGCUGAGAAUUUUGCACCAGCUCAAUGAUAAAAGAAAAGAAAAAUGAAACGUAUAUAAAUGUGUAUGGUAUAAAAAUUCAUAUAUACGUAUGUAUAUAGAUAUAAUUAUUUUCAUGAGUAAAAGAUGAAUAUAUUUUAUGAUUAGCAAAUUUAUGGAGGAAAAAAAUAACGAAAACCCGAUUAUUACGACAUAAAGCACAGUAACAUAAAAGAAUUUUAAACUGGACGAAAGAACCACACACGCUUGCAUAUUUUUAGAUAUUAUUUCGAAAUUUUUAUCAUUACGUAUUUUUAUUUUAUCUUUAUCAUGACUCGCGUUAAGGUAUUAACCCUAGAAUUUACCUCUGUCUAACUUUCGCCCAAAAGUCAACUAUAAAUCCAACAAUUUUCAUUUCGUGGAACAAAAAAUUUUCUGAACAACCGAAGCAAGCGGUAAAUAUAAAAAUAUUCAGGAACAAAGAAACGUAUUAUCAAUCCUGUUAAUUAAGGUCAAAUCAAGUUUUCUUCAUCAGCUUUUAAUAAAUCAACUGUUCUUUCCAACGAAUAAAACUUUGUAUCAGUUUUAUCAGUUCUGAAGUUUCAAAUAUAACGUAAAUACGCGUAUACUUUGAAUUGUACAUCUAGUUGAGAAUAUCUUGGAAUCAUUGUGAAGCAGGUUUUUGUUUUCUUCAAUAUGAGAUGGAUUUCAUAUGUUUCGAAUCGAUAAUACUGUACAGUAUAUAAUUUAAUUUCUACGGAUCUAUCUUUACGUUUAUCGUUUAUAUUUAUCGAUAAGAGAAAAAUUUUAAUUUUUUUUUUUCCAUCUCAGCCAGCACUAAUUCCAGACCAAAAUCUAUUGAAAAAAAAAAGUAGAAACGCAUUAUCGUCACCACGAUUGUAUCAUAGAACGUUUAAGUUCAUCGUACAUACUAUAUGUGUUUUAAUAUUUUCUUUAACCAAUAAUAAUAAAAA